AUGGCCAACUGGGCAGAGUGUCCCAUCGAUCUGAUUACUGAGAUUGCAAAGCGUGUUAAAGUGAUUGAAGAUUUCAUUGCUUUUGGUGCCGUUUGUACCUCAUGGCGAACUGCUGCCCCAAAGCAUAAUUUUGAUGUGCUUUCGCCCCAAGUCCCACUGCUUAUGUUGGGUGCCAAAGAUGAUGAUUAUCGAGAAUAUUACUCUCUUUCCAAGAAGAAAGUUUUACGCAUAUAUCUCCCGGAAGCUAGAGGACAAGAGUGUUUACCAUCGGAGGGAUGGCUUUGCACGGUGGCAAAUAAUACGGGGGAGAUGAACUUGUUGCAUCCUUUCUCUCAAAUCAAAAUACAGCUUCCCUCCCGAAAAGACUUACUGUCUUUUCAUGGUUUGGAUUAUCUCGAAAGACCACGUGAAGGGAAACGUUGGCACUGCAUAGACAAAGCUAUCUUAUCUGCAAAUCCAUCUCUUACAUCAGAUUAUGCGUUGUUGGUGCACUAUUAUGCAGGAGGUUCUUGUUUGGCUUUUUGGCGACCCGGAGAUCUUAAUUGGACGGAGAUUGAUGUUGUUACUUAUGGUGGAGUCUGCAAUAUGAUUUUUUGUAAAGGCCAAUUUUAUUCCGUGAGUUACGGUGGGGAAGUAUGGGUUUAUGAUAUUGCAGGGCGUAGCAUUGCUCAACCAAGUGUACAAACACGCUUGCUUGCUGAGCUUGAAGAUGAUAUGUUUAAGCUGCCUUCAGUUCAGUUCUACCUAGUUGAGUUAUCUGGUGCAUUAUUACUUGUUACUCGAUAUGCAAUCAGGAGCAUAGGUGAGGAUCCAAACGGUGCUUUUAAGAGCUUUAAAUUUAAGAUCUGUGAACUAGAUAUAACCAAAGGUAAAUUCAAGGAAGAGGAUAUUAAAACCUUGGGAGAUUCAUCAAUAUUUUUGGGCCGCAAUGGAGCAAGUUGCGUUGACUCUUCUAAGUUUUCAGGAAUCAAACCUAAUCGCAUAUAUUUUACUGAUGAUUGGUUGGAAUUUGGUAGAAUCGAGGAAGGAGGGGCUGGAAGAGAUAUGGGGGCAUACAAUAUAGAAGAUGGAAAAAUUGAAUCGUUUUAUCCUGAAUUGUCAAUAAGUCUUAUUUGCCCACCAACUUGGGUGAAGGAGAUGAUUGUGGCACCAGAAUCCCAGUUAGACUCAGUGCUUUCUGAUGAUAUAGGAGAAAUUUUUAUCAACAAGAUUACCAAAGAGUCCUGUUAUUUGGUUGCACCAUUGUCAAGGCACUUGCAUUGCAAAGAUGGAGUGAUAUAUUGA